CAAACGACAACGUCAAGACGCGUGGUCGCCAUCUUUGUUAUUGGCAGUGAAGCUUGCAGAGAGAAAGGUAGCCAGUCGUCGAGUGUCAGCAGAGUUGUCAGGACGGAAACAAUCUGUUAUAGAAUCAAUUACUUAACAGUUAUGGUUCAGACCUGCUCAGCAUACGGCUGUAAAAACCGCUAUCACAAAGAUAAAGACAUCUCCUUCCAUAAGUUUCCAUUGGCGCGUCCAGACAUAUGUGGCAAAUGGGUGUCGGCAAUGAGGAGGAACAACUUCAAGCCCAGCAAGUACAGUAACAUCUGCUCGCAGCACUUCACCAAAGACUGCUUCAAGAGAGAAUGCAACAACCGGGUACUCAAGGAGAACGCCGUGCCCUCGCUCUUCCACUUCAACCUCAACAUCAAGUCGGAAUGUCUGGAGGAUCCCUUUAGCUCUGAGAUCCACUUCCCUCUCUCGUUUCCUUUGAUGUCUGACCCGGUCAUGGAGGAGGUGGAGUUGGAACCCACCAGGAGUCCGCCAGCCACCCACAGCGACACGGUGGUGGUCUCCUGCGACCACAACUACACGGCAGAAGACUCUGCGCGGCAGAAGAAGCGCAUCCAGCAGCUGGAGGAGCAGGUGGAGCUUCUCAGGAAGAAGCUGAAAACCACCCAGCAGAAGUGUCGUCGUCAGGAGAGGCAACUCAAGAGCCUGAGGGUUUCAUACAAGUCGGUCAAGACCGCGUGCGAUGCGCCGGUUGCUUUCAGCGAGGGUUAUGUCAUUUUACCAAAACAUAUCUACCAAACACUCAAAGGCAUUGAGUAACAAACACACCAAGACUUCGAAUCUACUGCUUAUCCUGGACAGUUGGUGGAGCUUCUGAGCCAGACGACUGUCAGCAGAAGAGCCCACUUGAAGCAGCCUGGACCAUAAGACUUAGACUUAACAUUGAAAUGUUGUCAUGCUGGACUACAGCGACGUCUUUAAUAACAACCUUCCAUAACAGUGGACUUCAUCAGCACAUCUUUUGCACUUUCAGUGGGGAAAAUAUGCAUUCGAUCCUUGGCUGAUUUUGUAUGUUUACCCCUGAUAGGUUUACCCUUUACAUAUAAUAAAGCUUAUGAAUUCAUUUACAGGAUAUUUGCUUGAAAUGAGGAGUGACCAGAGCUCUUUAAGAGGGGGGGGGGUCCUGGGAUCAGAAGCCUGUGGUUCGUGGGGGGGGGGUGGUGCUGGAGCCUAUCCCAGUCUUCGGGCAAGAGGCUGGGUACACCCUGGACUGGUGGCCAGCCAAUCACAAGGCACAUAUAGACAAACACAACCAUUCACACUCACAUUCAUACCUAUGGACAAUUUGGAGUCGCCAAUUAAUAGAUGAAUAAAUAAUCUAUUAGCAUGUUUUUGGAAUGUGGGAGGAAACCGGAGUACCCGGAGAAAACCCAUGCAUGCACGAACUCGGGUCUGUGAGGUCUGCAUGCUAACCACUCGAUCACCGUGCAGCCGUAUUGUACCAAAGGAACAACAAAAUUGUGUUUGGAGAGUCCACAUGCAUAGUUAGUAAAGUGCAAAGUUGGUAAAGUGCAGACCCAAGUGAAAUAAAUACCCAUGCUGUAAGAAUAAGGAUUCUUCUUGCUGUUUUCACCACCCGCCGGAGUACCUGCUGGUCAGCCCUAGUGCCGCUGGAAAACCACGCUAGAAGUCCAUACGUCUACUACCCAUCGUUCAGUUCUAGAAACUCAGCAUGUCAGGCAUUGGCCUUUUCCUACAACUGAGCCAAUGAGAUGCCCCGGGAAAGGUCCUCAGUCACUGCCCCCCCACCCCCCCCGGGAACUUGAUACUGCUUACCCUCUCCACCACAUCGGUGUCUACGAAGAGAGGUUGGUGGUCCUUGGGUCCUUUCUUACGACUAUUUCUUUGGUCUUUUUGGUGCUUAGAGCCAAGUUGUUGUUAUGGCACCAAGACGCCAGAUGUUGUACCUCAUUGUCAUUGGUGGUACGUCCGAUCACUGUGGUGUCAUUGGUGAACUUGACAAGAAGUUAGCGCAGCAGUCGGGUGAAUGAAGUGUAGAGCAGUGGGCUCAAAACACAGCCUUGUGGGGCCCCUGUUGACACGCAGAAAACAUAUACACAAAUACAUAAAAAUGACAAAUGGAAGGGAUAAAUUCAUGAUUAAGGUUAUAAUCUGUUUGUUUCCACCACUGAAAAAAAAUCCCAACGGCAUGUCAUAAUUCUGAAAUAAAAAGUCAAAAUGAUUUUAUAAGUUAAAAUUAUGAGAAAGAAAGUCCUAAUUAUGAGGUAGAAAAGUCAUACUUGUAAGAAACUGACACUACCCACACAAGUAAAGGGUGUGAUAACACAUACAUGUUGGUAUUGAUGACAUACAUGACACAUGCAACCAAGAACUGGCUUAUUUUUUUCAUAAACUGUCCAAAGAAAACCACAAUGGAGCGCUGAGUUAACCCAUAAAAUGAUUUAACUGAUGACCUGAUGUUCAUUAUUGUUCAUGAUUAUCAAAUACAUAAUAAAAAGUUGAUGCUCA